CUCCUCCAGUGACUAGAAGGUAAUAUCAAAAUCAUGCCUGCGCUCAAGUUUGUACGAUCUGUUUGGGAAUCGUUCCGAGCGAAUUCGGGCCUGGAGCCAAGGCUGCUAGACGGACUUCGAGUGACCUCGGCAGUACCAGGCCGCGUCAAGUUUGAGCUCGAUAUCCAAAAAGAGCACACGAAUCGAUUGAACAUCCUUCAUGGCGGCACCAUAGCCAGCAUGGUCGAUCUCGGCGGCUCUCUCGCCGUUGCCUCACGAGGCCUGUUCGCGACGGGAGUUUCUACCGAUCUCAAUGUGACAUACCUCUCAUCCGGGGGUAAGAUUGGCGAUCUCAUCAAAGCUGAGGUAACAUGCGACAAGUUUGGCAAGACAUUGGCCUAUACCUCAAUCAACUUUACCAACACCAAGGGCGAAGUGUUUGCACGAGGGAGUCAUACAAAGUACGUUGCGUUGGCAUGGAAGGACCCCAACAAUAUCGUUGAGGAACUAUCGCCUAAGCAGAGUAGUAAGAAGGAGUAGAUGAUAAUUGGUUUGUCCAUAUUUCAUGCAUUACUCAUGCUUUCUGAUCAUACGUUAUUGAUACACACGCGACGCUCACUGCUGCUCAUCCUCCAGCCAAUAAUCUUAGCAUCGAAGUCUGAAAGAACUCCUCACCAGCAAACUAGAUUUGUUAAACGUGUCAAAGCGAUAACGUCGCUCCCCUCAACCUGAACCUUGAUACCAGCAUUCGUUUCUAGGACGAUCCCGAU